GCCGCUCGGGCGCGGGGUACGGCCGGGCCUCCGCCUGCGCCCGCCGCCGCUGCCCUCGCCGCGGAGCCGAGCCGGGCUCCGUGUGCCUGCCGGGAGGCUCGGUCCCGGUCCGCCCCCCUCCCAUCGCUGCGGGGAGGCCGCGGGGCCGGCAGGUGUCGGGCCCCGCUCGCUGCCGCCCACCCCGCUCUGCCGCCGCCGCCGCCGCCGGGCGUGAGCGCUGCGAGGGAAGCGCCAUGUCCGCUCCUGCUGGGCCACGUCCGUGCCGGGUUUUGCACCUUGUCCCCGGGUCUGCCUCACGGCCCCGAGGAGCCGCCGCCGCCGCCGCCGCCGCUGCGGUGUUUACUGAGCGCUCCUGUCCUGAUAUCACUCCGCUGGCAUGGAGGAGGAGGAGGUGGAGGAGGAGAGCAUUUGAUCAUUGUGAUGGUGGCAGGAGGAGCAGCAGCCAGCACGGCAGAGCAAAGCGCUAGGCUGUAUCAGCUCGGCGUUUGGCACAGACUUCAGAGCGCUACUUUUUUUCCUUUUUUUUUUUUUUUUUUUUUCCUCUCCAGCUCGGCCCGGAUUGUUCAUGUGUUUACUUCCCCCAGCCCGAGGAUUUGCUAUUUAGGUUCCUGUUGAAAUGCAACUGAGCAGCCAAAGUACUUUGCGAACACGGUGCGGCAUAAACACCAAAACUUUUUUCUAGAAGAAAAAUACAAUAAGCAAGCGGCUGUGCCUGUCUUUUGAUGCCGGGGAGUGCGAGUGAGUGUGCCGUGUGUGCCCAGCGUGUGCCUGUGCUUGGAUGUGUGUGUGCGAACGUGCGUGUGAACGGGUGUGUAUGUGUGUGCAUGUGGAGGGGCGCGUGUUUCUCCUUAUCCAUGGGGAGAGAAGGCUUUUGGCAAAAUCUCCGGAAAUCUCAUGGAAUCUGUUUUGAAAUAAUGGAUUAUAAAAAAGAAAGAGGAGGAAAGGAACUGAUCUGAUGUCUCCUGGAGUUUGCUAACCCGAAUUGCUGCUGCUUAGUUUGUUGUGCUUUGUGURUGUGUGUGUUAUGUGUGUGUGUAUGUGUGCGUUUGUUGGUUGUGUUGCUGGUGAUAACCUUUUAGCACCUUCUCUCCUCAUUUCCCUCCCCCCUUCCCUCUCUCUUUUUAAUGUUUUGGAGCUUCUCGAGAGGGAUUGGCUGGGGGGAAAGAGAAACAUUUGCUUGGGAUCGCGGUUUCCCUGAUACAUGAUGGUGCCCCCUUCCCCCCCCUCCCCGGUUCUCUAAAAAGUAUCCCAUCUGGACCCCAGAGGAGACUGUGUGUGUGUGAAGUGUAGGCUAAAAAGUUCCUCCAAAAUAGUGUGCACGGGGACGAGGAUGGGGGAUUUUGCAGCCCCCGCUGCUGCCGCGAAUGGCAGCAGUAUCUGCAUCAACAAUAACCUGAACAGCAGCCUCAGCGGGGCCGGCGGGGCCGGUAUCGGGGUUAACAGCACUCCCCACGGCCCUCCUGCCGCCGCUCCCGGUAACAAUAACGCUAAUAGCGGCGGCAUUCCCAAGCACAGCACGGUGGUGGAGCGGCUGAGGCAGCGCAUCGAGGGCUGCCGGCGGCAUCAUGUCAACUGCGAGAGCAGGUACCAGCAAGCCCAGGCGGAGCAGCUGGAGCUGGAGCGCAGGGACACGGUGAGCCUCUACCAGCGGACCCUGGAGCAGAGGGCCAAGAAAACGGGCACCGGUGGCGGCGGCAGCAAGCAGCAGCACCAGAGCAAACAGCAGCAAGAUGCUGAGCCCGCCACGGCGGAGCAGAGGAACCACACGCUGAUCAUGAGCAUUAUUGGAAGUGUCUUCGGGAAUACUGCUGUAGUUACUCUUAAGGGUGAGGUGACGAUCCGAAGUGUAAAGGAUGAUGAAGAGGACAGAUUUUCACCCCAAUGUAGUCCAAAAAAGACAUCAUCUGGCCACAGCGUGGACUCUUAUCAG